AUGAAUUAUAACUUUGGAGGUCCUUCUAAUAUUCAGUUUCAUAGUUCAUCUUUAUCUUCUUCAAAUUGUGAUGAUGCAAUUAAUGUUGAAGAAAAAGUCUUAUAUAACAUGAUGCAAAAUAAUAUUGAGAUGGUUCAAUAUGUUCUCGACGAACAGAAUAGGGAUACUUCACAUGGCGGCUCCGUUCCAGGUUAUAUAGUGAUCAAUCAUGACCGUGAAGUCGCUGACCGUAAAUUAUUUAACAAUUAUUUUUCUGAUAAUCCACGAUACAAUGAGGAAAUGUUUCGUCGACGAUAUCGAAUGUCGAGAAAUCUAUUCCUUCGUAUAACUGAUGCAGUCAAAGGUCAUGAUCAUUAUUUUCAUCAACGAUGUGAUGGUAUCAGUAGACUUGGAGUAUCAACUCUACAAAAAACAACAGCCGUAUUUCAGAUGUUGGCUUAUGGUUUUGUUUCAGAUGCUACCGAUGAGUAUAUUAAAAUUGGCGAGUUAAUGGCAAUUGAAAGUUUGAAGAGAUUUUGUCGUGCUAUUAAUGAGAUAUUUUUGGAGCGUUAUCUCAGAUCACCUAACGCUAAUGAUAUUUCAAGGCUUCUUUAUAUUGGAGAACGACGUGGCUUUCCAAGAAUUAACCUCGCUCAAGGCAUUGCUCCUCCCACUAAUUAUGUUAUUCAUGGAAAAGAAUAUGAUAUGGGAUAUUAUUUAGCUGAUAGUAUAUAUCCAAAAUGGUCCAAUAUUGUGCAAACUAUCCAUGAUCCGCGUGAUUUAUUUUUCAAAAAACAAGAGGCAUGUAGGAAAGAUGUGGAGCGUGCUUUUGGCGUUUUGCAAUCACGUUUUGCAAUUGUUGCCGGACCUACACGUUUUUGGAAAAAAUAUGUGUUGCAUGAUAUAAUGACUGCAUGCAUUAUCAUGAACAAUAUGAUAAUCGAGGAUGAACUUGAUCUUAGUGCAACGAUAACCAAUGUGACAGAAUUGCCGGAACCAGUGGUUGAAAUGGAAACAAAUGAACAUGUUCGGUUCCAACAGUUUCUUCCUCAACAUAAAAAAAUAAAGAAUAAAGACGCACACAUUGCACUCUGUAAUGAUUUAUUUGAGUAUCUAUGGAGCGAUUUACUAAUUCUGAGAUUUAGUAGAUAA